AUGAAUGGCCAAGUCCACAAGAUCACCAUUUGUAUCGACGAAUAUCUACAAGGCUGCAUGCAAAGCUUUGACAUGUAUUAUACCUAUGACCCGUCCACCCCGGAGAACAAGUCUAUCAGAGAGCAUCUUGGGCUGGAAUGGCAUGGCGAAGUGUUGAUGAUGAUAAGAUGGCCAGGCCUAGCGGAUCCAUAUGCCAAUGAAGAUGAAUAUGGAGACUACGACUAUUGGACAGGAGAAUAUCAUGAUGCUCAGGCGUAUACAGACUAUGAGGCGGAGAUCGAUGAUGGAGAAGAAAAUACGAUGGCUGCGGCAUUGUUCGGUUUGCGCGACCUCCAAGAUCAUUUAUCCACGCACCACACAUUACUCCCAGAAGAUCACUCGUGCUGGCAUUAG